AUGUCUGACAAUGGAGAGACAAAAGAAGAAAAUACACAAUAUGAUGGUAAAUGUGUAAAUAGUAUAGUUUUAGAUAUAAUUAACAGCAAUAUCAGUAUUAAGGAUUUACCUUCUUAUAGCUUAUUAAUAACUUCAAAAAAAAAUAAUAUAAAAAAUAUUUUUGAUAAAAUUAUAUAUGAUCAAGACUUAUCAAUAAUUAUAAAAGAGUCUGGUAGUUAUAUCUAUUUGAAUUACCUCGAAACUGUUAUUUUUACUAUUAAUGAAAAUACAAAUAUAAAAUAUUUAAAGAGAAUUUUAAAAGUACUUAUAGACAAUGAUGCAUGUAUAGAAUUUGAUCAGAGAGUUGAAAUCUUAUAG